AUGGAGCGGCGCUGCGGGCGCACCAAGGCGUGCAGGGAGAAGGCGCGGCGGGAGCGGAUCAACGAACGCUUCCAGGAGCUGGCGAAGCUCUGCGACCCCGAGGACCCCAAGACCGACAAGGUGUCCAUUCUGGCGGAGGCAAUUAAGAUCAUCACGCAGCUCAAGGUCGAGGCUGGGCAGCUGCGGCAGCUGAACAAAUUCCUCGAGGAAAGGGUUGGAAAUCAAGAGAAGGAGAAAGGCAAGAAUUUGUACCAGCAGAGCCUGAUGCUCCAGAACCAGUACCAGUCAGGCACGCCAACAGUGCAGCAGCCAGCUGUGCAGUUUCCACUCAACUCGCUUCCCCAGGGAAGGUGUCAGGUCACCAUCGGCGUUCCUGCAGCAGGCAUGACGGGCACAUCCUCCUCAGGGGCCAUCAACCCUUUGACUGCCUUCGGGUCCACCUCCCAGCCAGCUUCCCAGGUAGGCUCAUCAGCUGCCGUGGGGCCGCCUGCGUCAGGGAGUAACAUCCCAAAUGCAAGCUCCAGCAUGCCCAGCUGCCAGACCUACUCCCCGGGGCCCGUGUCUUGGAUGCCAUUCAUGGACACCAGCCAAGACCACUUGCUGCGGCCGCCAGCAGCCUGA